AUGGACGCUGUGAUUACGGCCGCUGCUGUCGCCGCCUUGGCCUCGAAUGCCCUGGCGGCCACCUCCAUCAGCAACGAUGAGAUGAACGGAUUUCUCACCAGCAACGCGGUCGACCUCGCCGUCAUGUAUGCGCCAAUGUGGUUUUUCGGCCAGGCAAUGAACCAACCCCCCUGCUAUCCCGUUUGGGCUUUCAGCGGCAAUGUCUCGACACCUGACAUCUACGAUGCGGCUCACAAAACUCCUCCAGCACCCCAGUGUGAGUAUCCAGACGUGGGCUGUGCCUGCCGCCAGCCUGAUGUGGCAGUUGGAAACCCCGGUCCGGCUUUCCCGAUCUACUACACUUUCAGACAAUGCAAUGAUACCGAAGUCCGAGUCGUAUAUAACCUGUUCUAUCAGAAAGAUGGAGCUGAGGUGGCAGAUGUCAUCGAUACAGGACAUGACUACGACUGGGAGCGUGUUAUUAUCAUUCAUACCAAGGACGUGGCCCAGAACUCCUGGGCUCCCAGUCGGGCAUUGCUUUCGGCUCACAGCGGAUACCACGAUCUCGCCUGGGGAGAUAUUCAGAACACCCUUACGACGGAGCAAGUCAAUGCCGGCGAAGCGAUUAACCCCAGCGGUGUCCGAAACAACGACCAUCCGAAAGUGUAUGUAUCAUGGUCAAAGCACGCCCAUUUUGACACCCGGAACACGGGUUGGAAUGACCCUCUCAGCCAGUCCGAUGAUAAUGCUUUCCGUAGCGAUGACUGGUGGCAUUUUGUCGACCCAGGCUACUAUAUUCUCUCGGACAACUCCACCUCCGCCGGUCAAGCUUUGGGAUCGGCCAACUGGGGCGACGCCAGUAGCAACCCGCCCUCCGUGCAAGCCAGUCUUUGCUCCCAGCAAGCGCUGCUGGCGAACGCUGUGAAUGAGAGUUAG